UUCUAUUUCGCGCAUUUUUUGCGCUUGUCGCACUGGACUUCAUCAUGCAUCUUCACACGCUCGGCAGUCCGGGCGGGGACCGCAACGUCUCGAGGCUCGACUUCGGGUCCCUGUCCAGCUGCAAGCACGAGUUUGUGUACAAAGCGGGUCCGAAAGUGGAAGCUCGGUCCAGACCGGUGCGCUCCGAGCUCGAGUGUGCCAGCAUUUGCAGUGGGGAUUCCCGAUGCAAUGCGUACAACUACGUUAGCGACGCUGCGGAUGACGAUUCGGACAGCUUGCCAGGCGCGACCAAACAAUGUGAACUGCUUCAGUCGGCUGCGGUUCGUUGUGCUGACAUGGAAUCGAAACCCAAGUCGAGGUUUAAGUUCUGUAAGUAACCGUCUCAUUGUUAUCUAAUCGUUAGUAAUUAUGUUGUCUUUUUUUUUUUUUACAUUGCAAGGAAUAAAAAUUAAUUUCAUAUUUAAUUUCAUACCCAUUACCCUAUCAUUUGUUUAACAAUUAACUUCAUGAACCCUUGCUCAAUAUGAUUUGAUCCAUUUUUCCAUACUCAAUAUGAUUUGAUCCAUUUUUCCAUAAUCAAUAUGAUUUGAUCCAUUUUUCCAUACUCAAUAUGAUUUGAUCCAUUUUUCCAUACUCAAUAUGAUUUGAUCCAUUUUUCCAUACUCAAUAUGAUUUGAUCCAUUUUUCCAUACUCAAUAUGAUUUGAUCCCGUUAUCCAUGCUCAAUAUGAUUUGAUCCAUUUAUCCUUACCCAAUAAUAUGAAUUGAUCCACUGUAAUCUAUUUUCAGAUCAUUCUUUCAUGUACAAUAUUUUUCAUGAUUUCCUCGAUAAUUUUAUGUAAGUGGUAAAGUAAUUUUUUUUUUUUUACCAAUGGUUCAACUUUUACAAAAAUUCAUGCAACAAAUCCUGUAAGAAUCUUUCACGUAAUUUAUCUUUCAUUGUUUCAGUGAGAAAAUUUACAUCCUUACCUUCUCGCCCCACACCAGCCUCAGGAAAUAGUGAUUCUUCAG